AUGGAACCUCUAAACGAAACUCUGAAGUGUCCUGCCUGCCAGGAUUUAUUCACAGAUCCUGUGAAACUGCCAUGUAGACAUGACUUCUGUCUCACCUGCAUCCAGACAGUCUGUGAGGAGGGUCCUCUUUUUUGCCCGGAAUGUCAGAUCCUGCUACCACCCAACCUCACACUUGAAAUAGACGCAAACCUUCAAAACAGAGUGAAGGAAUUCAUUAUCAAAUCAUCAACAGAAGCCAAAUCUUCAACUAUCUUCUGUGACCACUGCAUAGAGACGCCAUCCGAAGCUAUUAGGACCUGCCUGACCUGUGACGCCUCCCUGUGCCAGGCUCAUGCCCUGUUGCACCAGCAAAGAUCUGCCCUGAGGGAGCAUACCGUGGUCAAUGUGACACAGGAUCUGCUGUCUUUAAAGUGCAAGGAGCACCGUGACGAGCUUAAGCUCUUUUGCUUGGAGGACAGAGUCCCUAGCAUGUUGGAGACAACUGUGAAACAGCUGCUGCAAAUAAGAUGUGAAGCAGAGAACGCCAUUAAGGACUUGGAGUUCAUGUAUACACAAACAAUGAUGUCGUCAGCGGAUUUCAGAGAGCGCAUCUCCGACAAAUACAACCGGAUCCGAGUUGUGCUGGACGGCGACGAGCGUCUGAUGAUGCAGAUCAUUGAUGCAGAGGAGGAAUACAUGAGCGAGUGGUUGGAAUCACAGAGAGGGAUAGUGGAGGCUCACAUCAAGGAAAUCGAUAACCUAAGAGUGUCCAGUAAAUUACUCCUGCAAGAAACACAUGACUUCAGCUUCAUACAGCAAAUCACCGCACAGAAUAUGUGUGACCCACCAAAAUUGGCACCCAUUCAAAAAAUAGACAGAGAGUUGUGUGAGCCUGACAAGAUGAGAACAGUAGAGAAGCUUGUGGAUGACCUGUCAGUGGCUUUGUCUCAGUACUUUCCCCGAAUGUGGUCCUAUUUAAGUUGUCCAGCUCUUGACUUAAAAACAGCCCACCCAAAGCUGGAGAUAUCUCAGGAUGGGAGACAAGUGUGCUGGGGAGUGCAACCUUCUGGUGAUGCUUCAACCACUCGGCCGUAUGAUUCCCAAUACAGUGUUUUUUCUCAGAAGAGUUUUACCAGUGGCCAACAUUACUGGGAAGUCAUUGUUCAGGAGAAACCAUACUGGCUGAUAGGUGUUACCUCUGGUCCAAUCACUGGAGACUUUGAUGUGAAGCAUUCUGGUCUGGGUGUGAAUAAGACUUCUUGGUGCAUAUACCAUGGUGAGGGAUUGUACAUGGCGUGCCAUGACACCCAAGAGAAACAGCUGAAUGUUGGGAAGAAAGUUAGAAAGCUGGGCAUACUGGCAAAUCUCCCGAAGGGGGAGCUGUCGUUCUAUAAUGCGGACACCAUGACCUUACUUCACUCUUUCUGCGUGGAGUGCAAAGAGCCCCUUUUCCCAAUGUUGAACCCUUGCAUUGAUGUGAAUGGACUAAACAGGCAACCCUUGACUAUGUUUUGGAUUAAGGACCCCUGGGAUUGGAGUGGCAACACGGAUGGAGGUGAUGAGAAACUUUCUAGUUUGUCAUAA